AUGUCCACUUCUUCAUCCACUUCUUCAUCCACUUCUUCAUCCACUUCUUCAUCUCCACCCUCUCCCACAACAGAGGAAAAGAAGAAUACUCGUUAUCAACAACACAUUGAUCUUCUCACAAAACAAGUAAUGGAAUUGGAAACUCUUGAAUCCAAAGUGAAACAACUCUUUCCACAACAAGCCCUUCAAAAUCAAAUGAACAAUAAUUCUAAAGAUGAAAAUUUGUUGAUAAAAUUAGGAAAUCCAUCCGUUGAGUAUUUCACUGCAAUUGGUUCUAUGAUUGGUGGUGCAUCGUCAAGUUAUUUACUUUACAAUCCAGUGAAUCGGUUAGGUCGUAGAUUCAUCAGACCAAUCACAACCAAUUACCGAUGCAGAUAUUUUAUGACCAUUCCUAUUUUAGCAAUUAUUAAUGUCUGUAUGGCUGGUAUAUGCGGUGGAGUCUAUCCGUAUGCAAUGAAUCGAUUAUUUAAAUAUAUGAAUGAAGAGUUAAAUACAAAAAUACAUGUAAAUGACAAUUUUGAUGAUUUUGUUAUUUUAGGAUUGCCCAUUACAAAAGCACAAUAUCAUGAACAUUUAAAAAGACAAAAAUAA